AGCACUUGUUGCCCUUGCCUUUUCGGGUUCAGUGGGCAUGACUCUAUUGGUGCUGGGAUGUGCCCUGCCUCAGCCCAGCAAUUGGUACCCCUUCUUCGUGGUGCUGUUCUACGUGCUGUCGCCGCUGCCCACGUUGAUAGCACGCCGCUACAAGGAAGAUGUGGCCAGCUCGAGCGCAGCGCAGGAGCUGGCCUAUUUCAUCACCACCGGCAUCGUCAUCUCGGCCUUCGGCCUGCCCCUGGUGUUGGCACGGUCACCCGCAGCACCCCACGCAGUGAUACAGUGGAGUGCCUGCGGCCUGGUACUCGCGGGCAACGUCGUCGUGUUCAUCACCAUUCUGGGCUUCUUCCUGGCCUUCGACAACGACGAGGUCGACUACAACAUGUGGUGAAGACGGACGACGUAUCCAUGGCGCUGCCGUGCGUGUGUGCUGGUGUGAACUCAUGGUGCACACUGUACAUAGUGUGUAAUAAAA